AUGAUGGUGAUGGAUCUGCAUUCAGCUCUGAACAACAAAGUGAGCAGAAUAUCAGUCAUGGCGAGACUCGUCCUUUCCCUCCUGCUCCUGUGUGGAUGCCAAAAUAGUUGCUGCCAGACCUCCACGGAGGCCCAGAAGGAGGCGGCGGCCAACGACAACAGCACCGUUUUCACCAGGAUCCUGGACGGGCUCCUCGACGGUUAUGACAACAGGCUCCGGCCGGGGCUUGGAGAGAACGUCACAGAGAUCAAGACGAAUAUCUUUGUCACCAGCUUCGGCCCAGUGUCGGAUACGGAGAUGGAAUAUACCAUCGACGUCUUCUUCCGUCAGAGCUGGAAGGACGAGCGCCUGUGCUUCAAAGGGCCGAUGGAGAUGCUGCCGUUGAACAACCUGCUGGCCAGCAACAUCUGGACCCCCGAUACCUUCUUCCUCAACGGCAAGAAGUCUAUCGCUCAUAACAUGACCACGCCCAACAAGCUGCUGAGGCUGAAGGACGACGGCACUUUGCUCUACACGAUGAGACUGACCAUAUCGGCAGAAUGCCCCAUGCAGCUGGAGGAUUUCCCCAUGGACGCACACGCCUGCCCCCUCAAGUUUGGCAGCUAUGCCUAUCCGGUGUCAGAGGUGGUCUACACGUGGACUAAGGGAGCGAGUAAGUCUGUGGUGGUGGCAGAGGACGGCUCCAGACUCAACCAGUACCAUCUCAUUGGGCAGAACGCCGGCACCGAGAACAUACACACGAGCAGAGGGCAGUACACAGUGAUGAUGGCCCACUUCUACCUGAAGAGGAAGAUUGGAUAUUUUGUCAUCCAGACAUAUAUGCCCUGCUUCAUGACUGUAAUCCUGUCCCAGGUGUCAUUUUGGCUAAACAGAGAAUCGGUUCCCGCGAGGACUGUCUUCGGGGUGACCACCGUGCUGACCAUGACCACCCUCAGCAUCAGUGCCAGGAACUCGCUCCCUAAAGUGGCCUACGCCACGGCCAUGGAUUGGUUCAUCGCCGUCUGCUACGCCUUCGUCUUCUCCGCCCUCAUCGAGUUCGCCACAGUGAACUACUUCACCAAGAGGAGCUGGGCCUGGGACGGCAAGAAGGCUCUGGAAGCACAGCACCCCAAGAAGCGAGACCCCAUGGUGCUGUCCAAAAAGCCCAACAACGUUUGCUCGGCGGGCGUCAACUACACCCCCAACCUCACCAAGGACGUGUCCAUCUCCACCAUCUCCAACACGACGUCGGUGCAGCUCCGGGCCGCCGAGGCCAAGAUGGUGGACCCCAAGAAGACCUACAACAGCGUCAGCAAGAUCGACAAGAUGUCGCGGAUAGUGUUCCCCGUCCUGUUUGGAACCUUCAACCUCGUCUACUGGGCCACGUACCUUAACAGAGAACCGGUGGUGAAGGGAGUGAGCUCAACGUAA